AUGGACUCCGACUCGCCACCUCCAUCGCCGCCGUAUGCUGGCCAGAAGCGCAAGAUCGCAGACAUGAGCUCGUCGGAUGAAGAAGAGGCUUCUCGGCCAGCCUUUGGCUUCCGCGGGUUUACGCGCGCUUCCUCGCGUUCAGAAUCUCCUCCCUCAUCGGGCCUGGGAAGCGCCCGCCGUAGCGCGUGGAACAACAUGGCGACGAACACGGCCACAGCAGCUUCAAAUAGAGGAGGAGGCGGCGGCGCUAAAGGGGGCCCGUUACUGAGCGGGAACUCGUUUGCAGCGCGCAUGAUGGCAAAAAUGGGUUACGUCGAGGGUCAAGGAUUGGGCGCCAGUGGGCAAGGUAUCGUCAACCCCAUUGAAGCUCAAGCACGCCCCCAGGGUGUCGGUCUAGGUGCCAUACGGGAAAAGACAAAGCAGGCCAGGGAGGAAGAAAAACGACAGGCAGCCAGUAUGGGAGAGAUUCUGGAAGACAGUUCGGAUGAGGAGCGCAGGCAGCGUCAGAAGCGCAAGGAAGAGCGCAGACGUGAGGGCCGCAGCGGAGCGGGCACCCCAGCAGGGCCCCCGAAACCGCGUUUCCGAACAGCUCGAGAAAUCGAAGCGGAUGCAGCUGGCCUCGAGGUCCCCAACGUUCUCAAGUCGCUGGUCGACGCCACAGGCAAGGAGCAGAGGGUGUUGACGUCCACAGCGGGUUUGAUGACGCCCAUGGAAUUCGUCAACCAGGGAGAAGGCGAGGCACUCAAGAUUGCACGGCGGGCCCGGCACGAUCUGGAAGCGUUCGUCGAUGAAUGGAAAGGACUGACGGAAAGGAAGAAGUUUAUCGAGGUGGAGGAGGCACAGGUGAUCGAGGAGAUAGAUGCCUACCAGGCCAAGAUGGAGCAACUCACGGCGCUAGUGUCGGCUGUGGAAGCGUUACAGAUCUUCGAUCCGCUGGAUGACGUGACGGCUCGAUUCGAGGCCGUGACGAACAAGUUGGAAGCAUUGGAAGCGGAAUACCGGGAAGUGAUUGAUGAAUACCGACUCUCCGAUGCGGCCGUGGCCGCCAUCCACCCGCUUUUCCAGAAGGCGAUGGAAGAGUGGGAGCCCUUGAAAGAUCCGACGUAUCUGGUCGACAGUCUCCGACGUCUCCAGUCUCUUCUCUGCCGAAAGCGUGGCGGUGAUGAGGAGCGACAACGACAGUCUACAACGUCCUACGAGUCCCUAAUCUACUCCAAAUGGCUUCCUCGCGUGCGCUCCGUGCUCGUGAACGAUUGGGACGUUUAUGAUCCCUCACCGGCCACGGCUCUGGUCGUUGCAUGGAAAGACGUAGUGCCGCCGUUCGUUUAUGCGAACGUGCUCGACCAGGUGGUGGUCCCCAAGCUGAGCAGCGCGAUCAAGGAGUGGAAGCCACGCAGCAGCCGACGGCAUCCCGACUCGUCUAAGCACAGUUCGCGCUUCCCGUGGUGGCUAUUCACCUGGCUUCAGUAUCUGGAUGAGCGGCACACCGAUCCCAAACACGCGACCGGCCUGUUGUCGGACGUGAAGCGCAAAUUCCGGGUGGUGUUGGACACUUGGGACCUGCGCAAAGGACUGGUGGGCGGGAUCGACCUGUGGAAAGAGGCUCUGGGAUCCGAGUUCGACGUUGCUCUGCGCAAUCACCUCCUGCCCCGACUGGCGAGACACCUACGGGAGGAAUUCGAGAUCAACCCCCAAGACCAGGAUCUCACGGCCCUCGAGGACGUGCUCGCCUGGAAGGACUACUACAAGCCCAACGUGCUGGGCCUGCUACUGGUGGCCGAAUUCUUCCCCAAGUGGCACAACAUCCUCUACAUCUGGCUGACCAACGAGCCCAACUACGAGGAAGUCGGCGAAUGGUUCUCGUGGUGGCGGUCCCAGAUCCCGACGGAGAUCAACGAACUGGCCGUCGUAGACGACGAAUGGACCAAGGGCCUGCGCAUGAUGGACCUGGCAUCUCGUCUGGGCGACCGCGCAGCGACCGAGCUCCCACCGCCGGAUACCGCCCCAGCGAGCCAACAGCAGCCCUCUGUCGCCGCUGGAUUCCCUCAACCAGACAAAGACAAAGCAGCAGCUCCUGCACCCGCACCUCCCAAGCCAAAACCUCCCCAGGAAAUCGCCUUCAAGGACAUCGUCGAGAGCUGGUGCGCCGAGCAGGGGCUCAUCAUCCUGCCGCUGCGCGAGGCCCAUCCGCAAAACGGCCAGCCUCUGUUCCGCAUCACGGCCAGCGCGACGGGCAAAGGCGGCGUUGUGGUCUUCCUGCAGGACGACGUCGUCUGGGCGCAGAGCCGCAAGGCGCGCGAUGUCUGGGAGCCGGUUGGGCUUGAGGAUCGGUUGGUGGAGCGUGCGGAGGGUAGAUAA